CUCUCUCCCCUGCACACUGCCAGCCCCCUCCCUCUCUCUCCGUAUCCCCACCUCUUUCUCUGUCUUUCUCUCCUAUCCUAACCAACAUGGCCGCUAAGUCGGAUGGAGCAGCGGUGUCUGUGGAAGAUGACAACACGCCCAGGAGCCUCUCGGAGCCGGGGAACCCCGCCGCCCGGCCCCGCUGCAGCGCCGCCGGCGGGAAACCCUACACCCUGCUGGACUGCUGCUGGGUGCUCUGCGCCCUGCUCGUCUUUUUCUCCGACGGCGCGACCGACCUGUGGCUGGCCGCCGACUACUACCUGAGAGGUGACUACUGGUGGUUCGGCUUGACGCUCGUCUUCGUCGUGGUGCCCUCCGCUGUGGUCCAGGUAUUGAGUUUCAGGUGGUUCGUGUACGACUACUCGGAUAUGAGCGGCGGGGACGGAGCAGCGAGCGGCAGCGGGACCGACGCGGCGGCGGCAGGCGCGGCAGGCGAAGCAGCCACGGCGGGCGACAGCACUUUAAGCACCAAGGACAGCGACCAGCGCGGUGGGAGCGCGGCGGCGGGGAACGCCGCGAAUGCUACCCCGGUUUACACAUCCUCUGCCCCGCCUGCGACGGCAGGGAGAGUCGGGGGCCCCCCGAGGUGCUGCACCGUCUGCAUGUGGGUCUUUCAAACCGUGCUUCACGUCCUGCAGCUGGGGCAAGUCUGGAGGUACAUCCACGCCCUCUACCUGGGCGCCCAGAGCCGUUGGCACAGCAACGGGCCCAGCCGCCACUUCCACUGGCGGCUAAUGUUUGAGAGCGCCGACAUCACCAUGCUGCGCCUCCUGGAGGCCUUCCUGAAGUCGGCUCCGCAGCUCGUCCUCCAGCUGAGCAUCAUGAUCCACGGAAACACCGUCCUCCCUCUGCAAGGCCUCUCGGCCUCGGCCUCUCUGGUCUCUCUGGCCUGGAUGAUCGCCUCCUACCAGAAGGUUCUCCGGGACUCCCGCGACGACAAGCUGCCCAUGUCCUACAAGGCCGUGAUCACCCAAAUGCUGUGGCACUUCUUCACCAUCGGGGCGAGGACAGUGGCCUUCGCCCUCUUCGCAUCCGUCUUCCAGCUCUACUUCGGCAUUUUCAUCGUCAGCCACUGGUGUGUCAUGACCUUCUGGAUCAUCCAAGGUGAGACUGACUUCUGCAUGUCCAAGUGGGAGGAGAUCAUCUACAACAUGGUGGUGGGCAUCAUCUACAUCUUCUGCUGGUUUAAUGUCAAGGAGGGGCCCAGCCGCUUCCGUAUGACCGUCUACUACUCUGUGACGCUGGCUGAGAACGUGGCACUGACUGCCGCCUGGUACACGUACCGCGGCCCCCACACCUCUGACUCCUACGCCCUGGUGGUGGUAUGCCUGGUGGCCUGCAGCUUUGCCCUGGGAACCUUCUUCAUGUUGGUGUACUACUGCUGGCUGCACCCCGAUGGGCCCGUUCUGGGCUCACAGUGGGGAGGGUGUGUGGAUGAGGGCGCGGUGGGUGCGGGAGGGGUAGCAGGAGUGAUUGAUGCUUGUCUCACCCCAUCCCAAGGGUCCCAAACAGACAUGGUCAUUACCAGCCCUCCAAGGACUCUCCCCAGGACUAAAGACACAGGGGAGCCGGUUCCCGGAGAGCGCGACAAGGACAGGGACAGAGACAGUUGCCUGCCUGUCUUCCAGGUACGCCCCUCUCCGUCAUCCUCUCCUGCACUUCUUCACAGGACCUCCUCACAAUGCCGGGCACAGGAGGGCCCCGUGAUCCGGAUCGACCUACCGAGGAAGCGCUACCCGGCCUGGGAUGCGCACUUUAUCGAUCGGCGCCUCCGCAAGACCAUUCUGCUUCUGGAGACCACCUCAGCCAUCAGCCCGAGGAUACAGUACAGGAGUAGCAUGAUGGGCAGCAAAGAGGUUUUAGAAUAUGAGACAACUGUCUAAGCCAACAGGGGCUCUUAAACUUAAAAGUGCAGUCUGGGACCAAGGCUGAGCCUGAGAUCAGUUCUCAUCCCAGGACUACCUUCACCAGGAGAAGCAUGGAGAGAAGACACAGAGUGUCAGGCAGCUCCUUUUUUCUAAAAGAGGUUGUCAAAACUUGAUUGUAAAAUGUGAAGCGCAAUCUGGGACCAAAGCUCUCCCCUUAGGGCGCAGUUCGGGAGUACGUAGCAUGAAUGAGCCGUGGGAAGUGAAAGAAGUAACACUGAACUGGGAUAAUCUUCGUCUUUUCUAAAAGCUUGGAGGUGAGAAAUUUAAUCUCUCAUCCUGGGACCAAGGAGUGUUAGAUUUAGUUUCAUCCUGCAUGGUCAGAACAAGAAGUAAAAGGAUUUUAGAGCAACAAAGUUGCGCAGUUUGAGAUAAUUGAGAAACAGUCUGCUGCAUGAACUUGAGCCUUGGACCCCGGAGACUCAACAGAGACUUACCAGGGAACUUUUAGAGAGACUGGAGUUUGUACGGGACAUGCAAUCAUUUGGUUUGGUAGCAAAUUAGACACUGACAGAAAAUGGGGACUCACUAGCUCAUAAAUAUUGCUUUAGUGAUUUGCAGGGCAAAAGACGUCCAGACAUCUAGGUUAAAACUGAGCUAAAUUUGGUUGAAAAGAUGUGUCUAGGUUUUUAGAGAUCUAGGUUACAUAUAAUAGGUUAGACAUGUUUCAACAGCACUUACAUUUGUGUAUUUCAGUGAAGCAGGACACAACUACAGGAUGAAAUAUAUUAAAACUGUGAAUGAAACAAUGGUUAUUUUUAGCUUAGACGUCUCACUUUUUAGCCACAUUUAGCCCAGUUUUAACCAAAACGUCUAGAUUUCUUUUUACCUCUAAUUCUUUGCAAACUGAGUAUACUGCAUAUUGUAGUAAACUCAGUGACUUAACAGAGUAUACAUACAGUAAAUAGGAAUUCAUUUGUUUUAGCAAAGAAACAGAGAGGAUGCAUUUUUCUUUUUCCCAUACCACCAUGCUUCCAAAAGGUUGCAUGUCCCUCACAAACUUUGGUAACCGUCCUUUAAGCAUUCUGUCCGUGGUGUCUAAAGAGAAAUGUUGUCUCGUUCAUUUGGCUCCAGUCUCAUGGGAGCACGAGGAUCCAUCAGAAGUAGGCUCACAAGUCCACAUGGUUUCUGAAAUGUAAGCCUGAGAUACAAGUGAAAACAGUCACCCAUUCAUAUGUGAUACAGAAACAGCCAUAGCAAAAGUCCCGCUGUUUACAUCCCAGCUGCUCUGUCACCCCCCCCCCCCCCCCCCAACCUGAGAAAGGACUUGUUUGGAUCAAAUCAAUCAGGACAGGAUGUAAGGUGGACGACUUCUGCGAUGGCUACCACCAUAUGGCAUGCCGUGAUUCACCACAAACAGGCCUGUGAUGUACAGUCGAAUAAAUACAGAUGUCAGUUAUAAGCUAUUAUAAUAAGCUGUAGUUAGGUGAUGAAUGACUUUUGGAUGAAAAAGCUUCAUUUACUUGGGAGAGUCUAAAUGUUGUCCACUUUUCUUGGAAUACAUACAAUGUAGGGGUAUGAAGGGUAUCAUGAACAACCUCAUUAUGCUAUGAAAACAUUUUCCAAUGUUUGGUUUUUGGGGAGAACAUCAGCUGAUGACAAACGUCUCUUAACCAUGUCAACAGACUUUGAAUCCUCGAGCAGUUUGUUGGAAUGUGAAAACACUAGCGCUCAUCCAGUAAACAGUUAAUACACAUAACAAUAUGUGCUCAAAGCAAAUUGCUAACAAAAAUUCUGAGAUGCAAAGCACCAGGAUUGUUUUUGCAGGCUAGCUAGUUAGCAAUAGCUGCUGUUUCUUGUUUCAGAUGGGAAGUUGACGUGGGUUUUAGGGCUGGGUAUUGUUUUAAAAAAUGUCAGUACCAGUAUCAAUACCUGUAUCCUUAAAGUGAUACCAAUACUGAUAUCGAUAGAGUACUUCAUUCAAUACCCAAAAUGUGAAAUGAGCAGUGUGCAGUAUCGCCAUACUUUAGAAUGUUUUGGUUGCAUCUCGGCACGCUGAGCUGCCAACGCCGUCAGUACACCACGCUUGACUGCACACAACAGACUGUAUGGAUUGUAGCUGCUGCUGCAGGAGUGUGAGCUCCAAGGUGGGGACAGAGAGUCUGACUGCACCCUCACAGUGACAGGGUUAUCUGUUAGCAUCACAUAACUGAUGUUACCUGACAGGUUUAAUUACCAAGUUGAGCCAUUUUGGCAUUGGUGCGAGUUUGUUGGGACCGUUAAACAGCUUGGUGUUGCAUUUUAGCUGCUGCUGCUAUUUUAGCUCGUACUGAGCUCCAGAGAUGGCAGCAACAGAAAGUUUGCUGAUCUGGAGGAGAGCCGGAACGUUCGGGAGUCAGAACCCCUGCGUGAAAAGGAUCAGAAGGAGGUGUUGUGUGAGUAAAGACAUCUUGAUACUACUAGGCACUGGGUUACUGUAAUACCAGUGGAAAUACCUGUACCCUUAAAGUGCUACCGAUAUCGAUAGAGUACUUCAGUCAAUACCCAUAAUGUGAAAGGAGUGGUGUGCAGCAUAGCCAUACUGUAGAAUGUUUUGGUGGCAUUUCGACACGCUGAACUGCCAACUCCGUCAAUACACCACGCUCAACUUCAUCACACUGCAGACUGUAUGGGCUGUGGCUGCUGCUGCUGCAGGAGUGUGAGUUCCAAGCUGGGGACAAAGACUUCACUCGUACACUCACAGUGACAGGGCUAUCUGUUAGCAUCACAUAGCUGAUGUUACCCAACAGGUUUAACUACAGAUUGGAGCUGUUUAAGCAUUGGUGUGAGUUUGUUGGGACCGUUAAAUGGAUCAAUGGUGCAUUUUAGCCGCUGCUGCUGUUUUAGCUCAUGCCUAGUUUCGGGGAGAAACUGAAAGUUUGCUGAUCCAGGGUGGUUCCUGGCACAAAAAGGAUCAAACGCAGGUAUUGUUUGACUAAAGACAACUUGAUACUACUUGGUACUGGGUUAUUUCUGUUAAUAACUCAAAUGUAUGGAGCACCGAUACCCAGCCCUAAUGGAUUUACUUUUUGAAAGAUAAUGUUGUUUACAAAAUGAAACCAUGUACAGGCCUUUAAAGAGCUCUAAAGAGUUAGGUUUGGACUAAUAAGUGACAUCAUCAGUCAACUGAAGGGAAAAAAUGAAUUUGUCAGAUGAGAAAUCCUCUUUGCUCCUUUUAUGCUGCUGUUGUGAUGCCCUGAAGCAAGGAGCUACAACAUGAACAAAUUCAGUGAAGCUGAUUGGCAACCGACUUCAGAGGUCGAAGUUUAAACACGGCAGCUCCCAGGUGUGAAUGUGUUACUAUCAAUUAGAAGCAGCUGGAUGCUGAGAGAGUCGAGUGUGGUCAGCAGCAGUACCUGAAGGAAGAGCAGUUAAAAAAAACACUUGCAUCAAAGCUAACUUCUGUCCUCUCUCAUAUUACACAACAGAUUUCUCUUCAGCAGUCUCUCUUUGAAGUUCUUCUCAAAGACUUUUUUUUUCUUUAAAAGCCUUUAGGGUUAGUCUGUGCAUUUAAGGUGACUUGUGAUUUGUUAUGAAGUGGGAAUUCUUUAAGUCCAUCCCAGAAACAUUUAAACCAAUGUUGUGAUUGUUUUAGAUAAAGGCAGCAAGAGGGUGUUAGUAAUAUUUAGCAAUUCAUUCAAAAGCAUUUCUCUGAAAAACAUUACAUUCCCUAUGUGACACUGAUGCAUCUCAAAAAGCAUGCUCAUCAAAACUCAUUGAAUAUUAAGAUACUUUAAAGGCUCCCAGAUUAUUAAACAGUUUAACUGUUUUUUUUUUUUGUUUUUUGUUUUUUAGCCUUAGUAGCUGUUAUCCCAAGAUUUUUACAUAACAACCCAACAAGCAUUUAGAGGAUGCCAGUGUUCAGGGGGUCACCAAUUCAUGCUUCACUGACACGAGCACAAAAACCAAAAUGUUAUGGCACAGUAAAAACUGCUAUUAACUUGCGUCAAAGAUAACGACAAGCUUGGAUAACAAAAAAAUGAAAUCUGAACUUUAAUUUUCACUUACCCUUUUUAAAACUGGUGCAGGCUGUUGUAUUAACAUCCAAAUUUAACAUCAAAAUGUUUAUAGUGUAAAAACUGAGAAUAUCUACUUAACAAGUGUUUCAUCCAGAGAAAGCUGUUCAUCAUGUAUGAACCUGUUUACCUUCUCCACCAUGACAGACAAUAAGAAGGAAACAUUUACUGUGGAUUGGAGCAAUGUAAUGUUUACUUUUUUGGGUAGUAAAGUCUUCAAAAUUCAAGAAGUUCCCUCCUGCUGCCACCUGGGGCCAACAGAUUUGUUUUUGCAGUAUCCAGCGCAGGUUUAAAGCCCCACUCCAGUGUAUUUUAGCAUUUUAUAUUUCAUUUUUUUCUUGAGAAUGUUGAUUAGCCAUACUGUUUGCAAAACAUUUUUUGACAAAUAACUUAAUGAUGCGCACAAAGAUUAGAAAGUUGAUGCUAAAAAUGGGAAGAUGAUGAUGGACUAUAGAAAAGGCUGCAGGUUAUACAUCAUCCUCCAAGCUCGCACAGCUGCACUGUCAUGCAUCUUUGCAUCUGAGUGGCAAACUGAUAGCCAACUAAUCAUUGACAUGGGCACGAACCCACCAAGCCAAAAAAAAUCAAGUCAGCAAGCUAACCGAUUAGCACAAAGCACGCCCACUGAGCUGAUGAACGAUAGCUGAUUUGACACUAAAAUUGUAAAGGUACUUUUGGGACAGCUAUUUGCGUUUAAAUGACUGUGGCAUAACAAAGUAAUUUAUGUGUUUUUAUAUUGUUAGAAAAGCUAAGAGAGCUUGUGGAUUUUAGCAAACUCGCUGCUCAGCUGCUUGCCAAUCUUGAUCGUGCACAUCUCCAGCUGGUGGCGGGUGAACAUGAACUAGAUUACUUAAAAGAACCAGUCUUCUCAUCACUGGUGCACCGCGCUGGCUCUGCAGGUUGAGAAGCCAUAGAGGCAUCGGCACUGUCUCUCAAAAUGCAAGCAAUUGGUUCAAGUGCAUAUGGUCUGAUCUCUUUGGUGUCCUCGUUUUCAGGGGAAGAAGGUGAAGAAAAAUGCCUCACCUCAGAACUUAUGUUACAGUGACUGCUAUUGCCAUCCAUGCUAAUACCCAUGCUGAAACAUAUUAGCAUUUGUUCAAGGCAAUCUGGUAAUGGAUUACAUCGGACUAGUUACCAAACCCCUAUUCUCUGUUGGAGAUAGAAUGUUAACCAAAAGACAGUAAGUAACACUGGCUGGAGUGGGGCUUUAAUUAUCACUGUAUGCUGACGAUGCAUGUGUAUAUUCUGAGGUGCUGAAUGGACUUACAACAAAAGUAUUUCCAAACUUGUGUACUUUAGGUCUAUUGGUAGAGCAAGUCACUAAGAGCAGUUUAUAUACUUGCUUUUUAACAAUGCAUUCAUUGAGAUAAGUGGCUGUGAUGGAAGCAUCUUUGUUCAUAUAUUUUCCUACAUACUUUGAGUCUGCCUGGAGGAUUAUAAAGUGUGUCUGCUAGGUGGCAGAUCAGAGUCAAAUCAUCCCUGGCUGACAUCAGAAUAUCCUCCUUGAGAACAUCCAAUUUUUGAAACUAAAAAUUUGUGACAUUCAAGGGCACUACUCAAUGGUUAAUAUUCUAUUAGUUUGCUUUCAAAAUCUUCCACCAUUGUUGCCAUCGUUUGUUCAAAGUCUGUUGCCCUGCACACAGUGUUUAUGUUUCUAAUUGCAUCUCGCAGAUGACUUGUUAUUUUCAGAUGGUGUGAAAAACCAAUACUUAGAAGGAUCACUGGAUACACUGUGUGGACCUCAUGCACACACAUAAUUGUUAAAAGCAAGUAUAUAAGCGCUCUGAUCCUCACAGGGUCUCUGGUUGUAUUCCUAACGUAGGCGCCAAGGACAAAAAAAUGUCCAUAUAAGCUCUCUCCAGACAUAUGUGUGUCUCCUCUGCAGGGAAACUGUUGUGUAAUUUUAACUCUGGUAGGUUGAAAUGGAAAAGUCAAAAAUCAGGAUUACAAAUUAAAAAUGAAUCUUGGAACUAACUUGGUGAUAAUAGUUGUAUUAUCCUGGCAGUGUUGUGUCCUACCUGAACUUGUAGAUGUUGGUACAGUGGUGACAGUCACUGCAAUGUUAAUGGUGCUGAAAACAACGACUCUAUGUCAACAAUGAUAAUGUCAUGUCGAACAUGAUAAUGUACAGAUAAUGCAUAUGUCAACCACCCAAUCGUGGGUCGAGGGCGAGGCUUCGCUUUCUCUGAUUGGGUAAUGGGUCAGUCCUUUGUCGUUGAGGUAAAAUAACAGUUACAAGUGGUGCGCUGGUUAUAUAUCAACUUGAACAAAAACAUGUUAAAAAGUAAACAGUGAGUUUAAAAACUCAAAUCAUCUUUUAUUAAUUGAUGCAAGUAUUUAUGUUUAUUUAUUUUUGUAUUUGUUUUAUAUCUAUUUAUCUAUUGUUUACUCACUCGGUGGCCAUGUCUUUGGUAUGACUCUUAUAUUAAGAUGUAAAAACUGAAAAUAGAUUUUUUUUUACUCAUUCUAUAUAUCUGUAUAUACCAGAGUGGCGCUAUACUAGGACGUGUAUGUAUGAGUAUGUGUGCUUUGGUUUGUAUGUAUGUAUCGUAUGUACAGUAUGUAUGUAAGGAUGUGCUCUAAGUUCUUUUGAUAAUGCUGCUUAAACAUCCUCUGAGUGAACGAGCAGAAAAAUAUACCAGUGGUGAAAAUAUCUAUGAUGCUGUUAAAAAAAAAAGAAAAAAAAAAGAGCUCAACAAGCUGUGUUGAUAACUGUAGAUGGGAACAAUACUGUAGUAAACAUGGCUGAACAGCCGUCCA